CGCUCGGCGCGGCGUCUUUAUGGUUCGCGCUCGCGGCGGGGGGGAGGGGGCGCAGCGCGAUGGGCGAGAGCACGAGCCCGAUCAGCGUUAUCCUGGUCAGCUCGGGUAGCCGCGGCAACAAGCUGCUCUUCCGCUUCCCCUUCCAGCGGGGCCCGGAGCACCCGGCAACUCGGGCCGGUAAACCAAGGAGCCAAUAUGCUGUGAACAGUGCAGGUGAUAAUAGAGAGGACCAAGAAGGAGACUCUAGAGAGCAGUGUCUUCUAACUGAUGAGCAAUUGGUUUCAGGGUUUUCAGAUGUGAUCCUGGCAACAAUUUUGGCUACAAAAUCAGACAUGUGUGGCAAAAAAUUUGAGCUGAAGAUUGAUAAUGUUCGUUUUGUUGGCCAUCCGACCUUGCUGCAGCAUGCCCUGGGACAGGUAUCUAAAACUGACCCCUCACCAAAGAGAGAGAUGCCUACCAUGAUUCUCUUCAAUGUUGUAUUUGCCUUAAGGGCCAAUGCAGACCCAUCUGUGAUAAACUGCUUACAUAAUCUCUCCCGUCGAAUUGCCAUAGUUCUACAGCACGAGGAACGUCGUUGCCAGUACCUGACCAGAGAGGCCAAGCUGAUCUUAGCCAUUCAAGAUGAAGUAUCUGCCAUGUCAGAAACAACAGAAGGUCCACAGUCUCCUUUCCAUCACAUCCUGCCCAAGUGCAAGCUGGCCAGAGACCUCAAGGAGGCUUAUGACAGUCUCUGUACAACGGGAGUGGUACGUUUGCAUAUCAACAACUGGCUAGAAGUGAGCUUUUGUCUGCCUCAUAAAAUCCAUUACGUUGAAACAAAUUUUAUACCCCCUGAAGCAAUUGAAAGAAGCCUGAAAUCUAUUCGGCCUUACCAUGCCUUAUUGCUUCUGAAUGAUGAGAAAUUGUUGCUUAGUGAGCUCCCAUUGGACUGCUCCCCUGCCCUAGUGAGAGUAAUUAAAACUACCUCCGCUGUGAAGAAUCUGCAGCAGCUGGCUCAGGAUGCUGAUUUGGCAUUACUACAGGUUUUCCAGCUUGCUGCACAUCUUGUUUACUGGGGAAAAGCAAUUAUCAUCUAUCCACUGUGUGAAAACAAUGUCUAUAUGCUGUCCCCCAAUGCCAGUGUUUGUCUAUAUUCUCCUUUAGCAGAUAGAUUUUCCUGUCAGUUUCCUGGCCAUGACUUGCCAUCUGUGCUUUCCAAGUUCUCACUCCCAGUUUCAUUAUCAGAAUUCAAGAAUCCACUGGCUCCACCCAUUCAGGAGAGGCAAACAAGUGAAUUUGCUUUGUAUUGGAGGUCAACAAUAUGGCUUGCAAGACCUUAAA